GUUUGUGUUGCGUUUAUUACGCAUAAUGGUUUUCCAAAGCGUAUCAAUCUAUCAUUUUAGACGUCAUUGGCGUCGAGAAGACUACCAGUGACCUUUACUUGCCUACCGCAAAUAUAACCGACGCGGUGACGCACGGACGAGGCAUCUUUUACCGUGCAAGACACGUGCGAAAUUGUCAAGUUUUCCCAAAGUUUUCCUAUAAAGAAGGUAACACAUUUGAUUCAUCCCAAAACACACGACACAUCAAGACAACCUGAGGCGCCUCUUUAAUCUGUGAAUAAAUUUUGUGACGUCAUUUAUCACUGUUUGCCGUUUUUAGAAGUUUUAACCUAAAGAGCUAACCAGAGGUCAGUUGCCGAUCCCAGAUCCCAACAGAGCUGCAGUUUUCCGAAGUGCAGGUAUAUUUAUGUUGGUAACAUUUUCCUGUUCCUGUUCCUGUUUGUAAUAUUACUUGCCAUGUCUGCCAAUCCAGAGGCAAAAGUGUAUCUCAUGAUAAGAAGGAAAAAGAUAACUGUAGUAACAGAUGCCAAGAAAUCGACAUCCACGUUGGAGCUGAAGAGAAUGCUGGAGAAGAUGUUGAAGGUUCCGCCCGACAACCAGCGUCUGAUGUAUAAUGAAGUCAUUCUAGAGGACUCUGAUACACUUGAAUCUGUGGGCAUAACAGCUGCAGGCUCUCCAUUAUACAGGCCGACGACGCUGGUGCUGGUUCUGAGCCAGGAGGACGGCGACUUUGAGCCGCCGGAGAUCUCUCCGUUCACCCCGGUGGACGCGCCUACCGUGCUGCCGGAGUUGACCGAGAGCCCGCGCUCCGGGUCCUCCCAGCCGACCGACAACACUCAGUCGCGCUCACCGCGCGCCGGCAGCGCCCGCUGAGUGACCUGACCUUAGGUCAUCAUCACCGACCCAGUACCGUCUAAAUCCGAUGUGAGGUCACCAUUGCUAACCCAAUACUGACCUGGCCCGACCUGAGGUCACCAUCACCGAUCCAGUGCUGAGCUGAUUUGACCUCACCCGACCCGAGUUCAUCAUCACUGACCCACUACUGAUCUGACCUGGGCCACCCGUAGAUGACUACUGAUGGCCAAGCGCUUACCUAACCUGACCUGCCCCGCCCGAGGUGGCUACGAGCCGUGGAGGUGACCAAUGGCCAAGUGAUGACCUGACGUGACUUGACCAUACUCAAAUAUAAUCAUUACCGACCCACGCUGACAUGACCUGCCGCUGACUUGACAACACUCUUGCUCACCCUGAAGUCCCGCUGCAGGCCGGUGUGGCGGAACAAGACGGAUGGCGCGGAAGUGAAAGGAGGUUCGCCGUUAUGUGGUGUGGUGCUCUUGUUAUCGAGAGAAGGCUCAUUGUUGAAAUCGCGGACAGGUAAAUACACAAAUCACUUUGCAUUAGACAAACUGGUCAUAUAAACUGAGACUGAUACCGAAGGUUGGCCCGGUUGCGCAGUGAACCCCGAAAUGUACGCAUCAGUGCAAGAUGUUGUUCAAAGAUGUGCGGUCGGUCCUGAAUAAAAAUGGAGGAUGGAA